AUGAUGUAUACAUAUUUGCUUAAUUUAUUAGACUCGGAAUCUGAUUCUGACUUUGUUGACGAAGAAAUAGCGUAUACAACUAUAUUCAGAAGAAAACUGCCAAAAAGUGAUUACUUAAAAAAGAGAAAGACUCACGGAGAAUUCGUUCUUCAGAAAGAACUUUCUAAAGAAAAGUACAAAAAUUAUUACCGAGUAACCCACCGAGUAAUUCACGGAUUUAUUAAAGAAGACAUAGAAGCUGAACGGUGUAAUGCGUCAAAGCCCAUCGGAACGGAAGAAAAACUAGCCGUAUUUUUAAGGUACAUCGCUUCAGGGAACUGCUUUAAAAGUAUGGGCUACAGUUAUAGAAUGAGUGACCGAACAGUAUCCAAUAUUGUAAAUGAAGUAGCAGGAGCUAUUUGGAAACGUAUGCAACCAUUAUGUAUGCCACAAGGAACAGCAGAACAUUGGACGUCCAUUGCACAUGGUUUUGAAGAAAGGUGGCAAUUUCCACAUUGCAUCGGAGCUAUUGACGGGAAGCAUGUAUUAAUAAAGAAGCCAGGUUUAAGUGGUUCCUCAUUUUUUAAUUAUAAAAAAACUUUCUCUAUUGUAUUAAUGGCUAUUGUGGACUCAAACUACAAAUUCAUUACUAUUGAUGUUGACUCAAUGGGACGAUUUAGUGACGGAAACAUUUUUGGUAGCAGUGUUUUAGCAAAAAAACUUAAGAACAACACUUUGAAUAUCCCUCCAGCUUCUCUAAUACCUAUAAUUGAUGAUCCAAUGCCAUAUGUAUUUGUAGGAGACGAAGCUUUUCCUUUGUGUGAAAAUUUAAUGCGACCAUAUCCAAAACGAAGUGUCAUGGACAAUUACGAGAACAAAGUUUUUAAUUACAGACUUUCGCGGGCUCGACAAACUGUGGAAUGUUCUUUCGGUAUUCUUGCUUCCCAUUUUCGUGUUUUUCGUUCACCAUUUGAUUGCAAAUUAGACAGUGUAGUGAAAGUUGUAAAAGCAUCUUGCUUGCUGCAUAACUAUUUGAGAAAUUCUCCAAUUUCACAAAUCGAAGAAUUCUCCGAAAAUAUGCCGGAACAUCAGCUACUUCCACUUCGUAAAAUUAAUACUCGAAGUCCAUCUAAAGCUUUUUGCGUUCGUCAAAACUUCACAGAAUACUUCGUAUCACCAGCAGGAUCGCUGCCCUGGCAGAGAGAUAGUGUAUUGAGAGGGAAAUACUAAAAUCUACGUACGCAUGUACCGUACAAACUAAAACGUGACAAAAUUGCAUUAUUUUAGAAUAGGAAAGAAGGGAAAUACGCAAUU